ACCCUCCGGGUUUUGCGUAGGCUGGAAGCAGCAUGUGGGUCCGCGGUGUGCCGAGCGGGGCUCGAACCCGGGGGCCGCUGCAGCCCCGGCUGCUCGGAUUUUGGCACUGCCGCGGCAGGGCCGCCUCCUUCUAUUCCGCUUCCGCCGAGCCCUCCCCGGUCCGGGCGCUGGUCUAUGGGAACCACGGCGAUCCAGCCAAGGUCGUCCAAGUCAAGAACCUGGAGCUUGCUGCCGUGGGAGGAUCAGACGUCCGUGUGAGGAUGCUGGCGGCCCCUAUCAAUCCAUCUGACAUAAAUAUGAUUCAAGGGAACUACGGCCUCCUUCCUCAGCUGCCUGCUGUUGGAGGGAAUGAAGGCGUUGGACAGGUGGUAGCAGUGGGCAGCAGCGUGUCUGGGUUGAAACCAGGAGACUGGGUGAUCCCAGCAAAUGCCGGUUUGGGAACCUGGAGGACUGAGGCUGUGUUCAGUGAGGAAGCACUGAUUGCCGUUCCCAAGGACAUUCCUCUUCCAAGCGCUGCCACCCUGGGUGUCAACCCCUGCACAGCCUACAGGAUGUUGAGGGACUUUGAGCAGCUGCAGCCAGGAGACUCUGUCAUCCAGAAUGCAUCCAACAGUGGAGUAGGACAAGCAGUCAUCCAGAUCGCUGCAGCCCUGGGCCUGAGAACCAUCAAUGUGGUCCGAGACAGACCUGACAUCCACAAGCUGACCAGCAGACUGAAGGACCUGGGAGCUGAUCAUGUCCUCACAGAGGAGGAGCUAAGAAAGCCUGAGAUAAAAACCAUCUUCAAGGACAUGCCCCAACCUCGGCUUGCUCUCAACUGUGUUGGUGGGAAGAGCUCCACAGAGCUACUGCGGCAUCUGGCGCCUGGAGGAACCAUGGUGACCUACGGAGGAAUGGCCAAGCAGCCCGUGAUAGCCUCUGUGAGCCUGCUCAUUUUUAAGGACCUCAGGCUUCGGGGCUUUUGGUUGUCCCAAUGGAAGAAGAACCACAGUCCAGGCUAAGCCAGACAUGGUGGUACUCGCCUGCAAUCUCACUACUCAGGAGACUGAGACAGGAGGAUUACCAUGAGUUUGAGUCAGCCUGGGCUGCUGAGACCUUGUCCCAGAAUAAAGAACCUGUUCGUAUCCUUUGACCUAAAUGUUCCUCCUUCCAAAUUGUGUGUUGCUUAGUAUCAAACUUUGAACUCUAUGCCUACUAGACAAGUGUUCUGCCACUAAACUCUGUCCCCAGUGAUAGUCCUACUUCCAGGAAUAGGUCCUACAUACAUGAACAUACAAGGUUACCCAUUGCAGCAGUUCUAAUAAAGGUUGUGUGGUGGCUUGAAUGAGAAUGUUCCCCAUAAGCUGCAAGUAUCUG